CUCUUCAUCAACAGCUUCAAAACGAGCGAGCGUCCCAAUUUGUCCGUCGCUUUAACUGCACCCUCUUCAAUAUCAUCAACUUCGUCCGCCUCACUGCCAUCGCCAACAUCCGUGCAUCCAGCUGCCGUCACACAUGCCAGCAACAAUAACAAUAGGUCACACCACUCAUCUUCACCAACAACAUGCAGCUAUUUAUCACAAUCAGCCGCAGCACCACCACCACCACCACCGCCACCACUUACGCUACCACCACCUGCGCCACAACAUCCACAUCCAGCCUCAGUGCUGUAUCCAAGUGCGGCCUACAGUGACCAUGGCUUCUUGCAAAUGACACUCGGCUACUUGUCACCGUCCUCGGGUGCCUACAAAUCAGUGGACCCUUAUUUUCUUUCACAGGCAAGCUUGUUUGGUGGUGGUCACCUUUUUGGUGGCGCCGGUUGUGUGCCCGAAUUGGCUUUAGGUCUGGGUAUGGGUGUGAAUGCAUUGCGACACUGUCGCCGACGUAAAGCGCGCACUGUCUUCAGUGAUCCCCAACUGUCGGGUUUGGAAAAACGUUUUGAGGCGCAAAGGUAUCUAUCAACGCCCGAACGUGUAGAGCUGGCCAACGCAUUGGGUUUGAGUGAGACACAGGUGAAGACGUGGUUUCAGAAUCGACGCAUGAAACAUAAGAAGCAGUUGCGACGGCGAGACAAUACAAAUGAACCCGUUGACUUUUCACGUUCGGACGGCAGCGCCAGUGGCAGCAGCAGCAGUCACAGUGCUAAGAGCAGUAGCAAUAAUAUUGUCAUGGCCUCCGCCGGUGGCACCUCCACCGCCGCCACCAUAGCCGCCAGCAACAAUCAGAGUGGCAAUUCGAAUGCCAAUAAUAAUCAUGGUGGAGUGGAAAAUACAAAUGGCGCUGAAAAGAGUUUCGCUGCGCAGGCCUAUGCGCGUGAACAACAACAGCAACAGCAGCAGCAGCAGCAGCAACACGCUACACAUCAGCAACACACACUUUUACACUCGCACUCACAUCCGCACGCCCAUCAAACACACUUACAGUUACGUGGCAAUAGCAGCAAUGGUGGAGUUGGUGAUUCUUUGGGGGCUGGCCACCAUCAUCCGCCAUUAGUGCACGGCAACCUCGCCGUAUCGCCACCCCAUCAACAACAUUUGCAAAUGUUGCGCAACAUUUCGAGUGGUAAUCUGGAUAACGCUGUAGGUUUUCUGCAACAUGACUACUCUACCGAUGAUUAUUCGGAUGUGGAUGACGAUGAGGAAGAUGUCGACGACGAUGAUGAGGGUAGUGAUGUGGAUAUUGUGGGCGAUUCCAAACUUUUUCACUUGACGUAGUGUGUGAAAUGCAAGCGCAUGAAAUGAUUGUAUUUAUUUGGAACAAGUUGCAAAUGCAUGUAUCUAAAUAUUAAGAGUAUUUUAAAUGGGAAAAAUUUUUAACAAUUUUUCUGUGUCCUGCAGUUAUGUAAAUAAAUUUGAUGUUUAGAAUA